GGAGGCCUUUUCCUGACUGAUUACUCCACCUGCUCACCCCGCAAGCUGAGUCCUUUCCGCUCCUUUGCCAGCACCGAGCUCUUCCACUUCCAUGUUCCUGAGGACACGUUCCUGGCUGUUUGGAAUCUCAUCAUCUUCAAGGAGCAGGGGGGAACCUUUGGGGACCACUGCCCAGACCAAAGUGUGACUGUGUACUUCCGGUCCGGGGCACCCCCUGUCAUCAAUCCCCUGCACACACAUUUCCCAGGGGACACAGCUGUGCCUGGGGUUUUCUCACUGACUCUCAGCUGGACAUUGCCCAACCGCACCUCAGGCAUCUUUAACGUCAGCAGCCCCUUACCUGGGGACUGGUUCUUGGCUGCCCACCUUCCCCAGGCCCACGGCCACAUCUCUGUCAAGGGUCUCCAGGAUGAGUGUCAGUACCUGCUUCAGCCGCAGCUGAUCGUCCGGCGCUUGCUGGACGUGGCUGUGCUGGUUCCUGGCCGUCCCUCAGAGCAAACCCUCUCCCCCCACAAUCGCUCAGCCCUGUACAAGGUCUUCGUGCCCAGCUUCACGUACAGGGUUUCAGCGCAGCUGGUGUGUGUGGGGGGCCGUGGGGUGUCUGCCUGUCCCCUGACACUGCGCCUACGUCCCAAGGCCCCACCCCUGCACAACUCAAGCUCUGUGGCCUGUGGAAGUGCCUCGGUAUGCCAGCUGGAGCUGGCACUGCCCCCCUGGGGACACUGGGUCUAUGUUCGUGUGGAAACACCAUCCCGGGGCUCUGGCAGGACCAUCCGCUUCCAGCUGUGUGUGCGGUUGCAAGAGUGCCCGCAGCCCAGCCUGUCCCGUGCCCUAGUCCCUGGAGCUGCCAUGAACAUGCCUCAGUCACUGGGCAACCAGCCACUGCCCCCAGAGCCGCCAUCCCUCGGAACUCCUGUGGAAGGGCCUGGGGCCACAUCCCCACCUGAGCACUGCUGGCCAGUGCGCCCGACUCUGCGCAACGAGCUGGACACCUUCUCCGUCCACUUCUACAUCUUCUUUGGCCCCAGUGUGGCCCUUCCUCCUGAGCGCCCAGCUGUGUUCGCCCUGAGGCUGUUGCCAGUGCUGGACAGUGGAGGCGUCCUCAGCCUGGAGCUCCAGCUCAACGCGAGCUCCGUGCAUCAGGAAAAUGUGACAGUGUUCGGAUGCUUGACUCACGAGGUGCCCUUGAGCCUGGGGGAUGCAGCAGUGACCUGUUCCAAAGAGUCCCUGGCUGGCUUCCUCCUCUCGGUCAGUGCCACCUCCAGAGUGGCCAGGCUGCGAAUCCCGUUCCCGCAAACAGGGACCUGGUUCCUGGCCCUCCGCUCCCUAUGCGGGAUGGGGUCUCGGUUCGUGCGGUGCCGCAAUGCUACAGCCGAGGUGAGGCUGCGCACCUUCCUCUCCCCGUGCGUGGACGACUGCGGGCCCUACGGCCAGUGCAAGCUGCUGCGCACGCACAACUACCUGUACGCGGCCUGCGAGUGCAAGGCUGGGUGGCGGGGCUGGGGCUGUACCGACAGUGCGGAUGCGCUCUCCUAUGGAUUCCAGCUGCUGUCCACACUCCUGCUCUGCCUGAGCAACCUCAUGUUUUUGCCACCCGUGGUCCUGGCCAUUCGGAGCCGAUAUGUGCUCGAAGCUGCUGUCUACACCUUCACCAUGUUCUUCUCCACGUUCUAUCAUGCCUGUGACCAGCCAGGCAUUGUGGUUUUCUGCAUCAUGGACUACGAUGUGCUGCAGUUCUGUGAUUUCCUGGGCUCCUUAAUGUCCGUGUGGGUUACUGUCAUUGCCAUGGCUCGUUUACAGCCCGUGGUCAAGCAGGUGCUGUAUUUGCUGGGGGCUAUGCUGCUGUCCAUGGCGCUGCAGCUUGACCGGCAUGGACUCUGGAACCUGCUUGGACCCAGUCUCUUCGCCCUGGGCAUCUUGGCCACAGCCUGGACAGUACGCAGUGUCCGCCGCCGGCACUGCUACCCACCCACAUGGCGCCGCUGGCUUUUCUACCUAUGCCCGGGCAGCCUUAUUGCUGGCAGUGCCGUCCUACUCUAUGCUUUUGUGGAGACCCGGGACAACUACUUCUACAUUCACAGCAUUUGGCAUAUGCUCAUCGCUGGCAGCGUGGGCUUCUUGCUGCCCCCUCGUGCCAAGACUGACCACCGGGUCCCGUCUGGAGCCCGGGCCCGGGGCUGUGGUUACCAGCUAUGCAUCAAUGAGCAGGAGGAGCUGGGCCUUGUGGGUCCAGGAGGGGCCACUGUCAGUAGCAUCUGUACCAGCUGAGAGGGGCUUUGGGCCUGGCCCUGGGGGGAUAUGAACCCUUGCUAGGGUUCUUCCUGGGGACAUGGAGCCCUCCCAGGAACAAGAGACAAGCUGUAUUUCUUGAGGACAUGGAGUCUUUCUCAAGGACAUAGAACUCUUCCAGGGACCUGGAGCCCUUCCCAGUACAUGGAGAACUUCCUGAGGGCUUGGUGUCCUCCUGCAUCCAUGGAGUCCUUCGUAAGGAAUGGAACCUAUGCAGGGCACAGAGCCCUCUCAGGACCAAGUUGUCCCUCCCAGGGAUAUGGAACCCUCCUAAUGACAUGGAUUCCUUCUCAGGGAGACAAAGCCGCAUCAGGAACAUGGCAUCAUUCCAGAGGAAAUGGAGUCCAUCUUGGGGAAACUGAGUCUCCAGAUUUUCCCAGGGGCUCAGCAACUCUGGCCUCAGGCUUCCUUCCCAGGGGCGGCAUCUGGGCUGUGCUGUGCUGGGGAGGAGGGAUUGCAGGGAUGGAUGGAGCUGGGACUGGCUGGGGUGUCUGUGUCCUGAGUUGAUGCAGGUGGAGUCUGUGUGUCUCCAAUGAA